AGAUCCAAGUACGAAGUUAUUAUUUACUCGAGUAUUUAAUAUUUAUAAAUGAUUUCAAAGGAAAAUGUCGAAAACCAAUGUCGUCUUCAACUGAUUUAUUCUAUCAAUACCUUCAUUAUCAUGCUUGCUUGCCAUUUAACUUAAUUCAUCGAUUCGCGGGUACUCCUACUCCUUUUUUAUCACAACGGGUAACCUUAACUUGGUCACUUUGCUUUCUUGCUUCUUGCUUCUUGCUUCUUGCUUCUUGCUUCUUGCUUCUUGCCUUCUCACUAUUUGUACAAUUUAUAAUUCGUACUCAAGUCCUCAAGUUCCCUGUCAGCCCCAAAAAGCUUCUUCGAUUUUCCAAUAAUUUUUAAUUACCGAACGCGUCGCGACAAAUUCUAAUGGUCUUCGGUCUUUGGGGAAAUAGUAAAUACUAAUAACUCCAUACCAUCCUACCUACCUACACCUACCAGCAGGGACCUGGAAAUCCAGCAAAGGUUGAUAAUUGGAAUUGGAAUGGAAACUUGAAUGCGCAUUCAUUCUGUCAACAAACCAACCAACAACAACAGCAACAUCUAGAAGAGAGGUUCGAGUGGAAGCAAAGUAUCUCGAUAAUUUGAUAAUAUUUGAUUAUAAUAUUUUGACCAAAAAAAUAAAUUAAAAAAAUACCAAAGAGAAAGAGAAGAGAUACAGUGACAGACGAAUAUCAAAUCGUCUGCACUGUUCUCUAAACUUUGGGUGAGUGGUUCCUUAUUCUUUGGAUUGAUUGAUUGAUUUUCCUAUUCCUGUUAUCCGCCUGCAUCCUUAUUUCAUUUCAUCCCCGUCGGCAAAAUAACUGGAGAUUUGAUCACUGUGAAUUUGGGAGUCUUAUUAACACUCUCAUUUUCUCCAUCUCUACAGUCAAUAUUCAGACAUUGAUUUCGACACCUCCUCGGACGACGACGGCAGAGGCAGGAUUCGAACUUCUAUAUCCUGAUCCAUCAAAUUCUCCUGCCUUGUCAACAACUUCAACUGCUGAGGGUGGAGGCUCGUCUCCUAUUCUUCCACCUCUGCCAGAACCAACAAUAAACGGUCAUACCAUCGAUCUUUUUGGAACUCCACCUUCGCGCCCGCCAUCAGAACCUCAAACGGAUACUAGCGCUUUCUUUACGGCCAGUUGGGGAUCUCCGUAUCAACACCCUACAGGAUCUUCGGUUGACAGCCGUUCACUCUAUCGAAGCGCAUAUAGUGAAGCAUCAGAAGACUCGGAAGAUCUGCCCAUUCGCCAUCUUGAGUUGCACACACCGUUUUUACGUCCCCCUCCAGCUUUCACAAGAUCUCAAACAGAACCGGAUUUUGUGUCUCACGACGGCCUCAUCAGCGCUGCCGUACUAGCCAAUCGGGCUCGACGUCCUGCGCAUCGAUUGACUGAAGAUUGGAUAAGGCAACAUACCGGAGGAGAAUCGACGGAAAGGAAUAAUUGGCUCAGUGACGACCCUGGAGAAAGUGAGAACUCUUCAUUGAGCGGAUCAAACUCAGGACGCGCAACAAAUUCUUCGGUACUAGAAUCAGACCCCAGGACUCCCACUUUACAACGGGUUUUGCAAGCAAGUCAACAAUCAAGGUGGGAAUCCGAGAGUCGGCAUAGAAGAAAGGACACCGGAGAGACUUUGACACAAGCAGAUAUUCUAUCCUCAUUACGUGCCAAAUCUUCAAAAAUGUCGGCAAGAAACGAGGGUGGUUCGCAGAGAACUUCUGCCAGUCAUACACCAAUAGAUGAAAAACCCCUUCCUCCUCCACCUUUGAUGGCACCAUGGGCAGGCAAAGCUUUGCCUAACCCUACACCAUCUCCAACUACCCCGCUACAUCCACGAUUAAAGAAGAAAGUCCCAUGGAAGGGAAAGAAUAUAUUGGUAUUACUUCCUUGGGAUGAAGAUCGUGGAAAGAGGGGAGGCGCACCGAAACCCAUGACACCGAAAGAUGUAGCUGGCAUGCUAAAAGAUUGGGAGGAAUUGGGUUAUGACACCAGUGGAUUUAACCUUGGCUCUGAUGAUGGAGUUGAAGGUGGCCCUGGUCAGAGUCGAAAUGGUUGGCCGCUUAUAACUGAUGUGGAAGCGGAGAGGAACCAGAAAAGUUUCAAAGUCAGUAUUCCUGACAAGAGAGGUAAGAUAGAUGUUUUCCUUCGUCACUUUUUCAUCAAAGUUGAGGAGAGAAGCUCCAGAUGUGGUCGUGAACAUCCAUCCCUUUAUACCGUGCUGUGGCGUUCCCCCUUGCGUUCCUUAAUUGCUUAGUUGAACUACAUGAGAUUAUCGGAAUUGCGAAAUGGGAAUUUCCAAAUUAUCAUUUUCACGUCAUUUGUGAUAAAAUGAGUACUAAUGGAUUGGAUAAAUGUAGAAUGGGAUGCUUAUGUCGAAGAACUGAAAGAAGCCAAAUUACGAGCACUAGGUGUUUCUUUGGGGAACGAUGACCCCAUUCCCAUAAUUUCACCGGCGAUAUCGAAUUUAAGUCGUCGUACUUCAAUGCAAUAUCCACCAUUACCAUUUUCACCUCCGAUACCAACUUCAUCGGCAGCGAGUAGUCACAUGGCUCACAAUUCAAAUCUUCCCUUUUCUCCUGCUUUGAUGAUGCCUGGAAAUGGUUUAUCUACAAGUCAAAGCUCCAACCAAGGUUCUAUCGCUUCUCCCGUCUCAAUGCAUGCGCACUUGCAUGGAAAAUUCGGAGGCAUGAGACACAGUUCGGUGUCGUUUGGACACGGGGAUCAUCCUUUCGGAUCACCUUUUCAAUAUCCACAACCAACCUCAUCACCCGGUGUUUGGUCUCCACAACAAAUGCUUUACCAGCAUGGACAUAGGAGUGGGUCUCCUUCGAUGCACAAUUUGGGAUCGAUCAGAUCUCCCACUUCACCUCUCUCUCAGGAUGGUUACUUUCCACCAGGUUCAGGUGAUGCCAUGUCGCGACAAAUUCUGAUGCAAAAUCAAUUACUGGCUGCAAGUGCCCGUGCUCGUGCAUCUCCAAGUCUUCAAGAGGUUCGUGAAAGUGAAGAUGAACAGAUGGCGGAGAUGCCCCUUCCAAGCAAGAGUCCUUCAAAAACACCAACGUUGCAAGAUGAAGCAACCAUCAAGCAUAAUGCAAGCGCAAGCUUGCAGCGAGAAAUUGAUGAUGCUGAAUAUCAUCUCGAGGAACAAUUCCAACGACAACUUGAUGGUGAUGACUACAGUCCUCAUUCUGAUCAAGUGGAGGUCGACAAACAAUUUGAGAAUAAACCUGUACCUCACCUUAGAAAUUCCUCGAUUGUUGGCGGUGGACUUGGAUCUUCACGAUUUGUGGUGGAAACAUCUGAUGAGGAGCCUGUUCUUCAUCACCCCCAACCCCACAGUCGAGGACAUUCCCUAUCUCAGCGGCCGUUCCAGGAUUCCGAGCAAGAUACGUCUAGUGGUGAGUCGAAGAAUGGAUUACGUGGUGUAAAGGAUAACGCGAAAUACGACUUGUCUGAUAUUGAAACCAACCCUAGCAAUAUGGGGACACCGACCUUGCGGAGCGGCGUACCAGCAUUUGGCCAUGAUAGGGACAUGUCCAUAUCCAGCAAUCCAUGGCUCGAUGCUGCAUCUAUUCAAUCAAAGAUGACACAACCUAGUCAUCGAUCUAACAAGCAAUCUAUGUCAACAUUAAAUGUUGCAGCGAGGCCUUUCAAUUUUAACCCAACAAGUUCUUUCCAACCAAAUCAAUUCUCUUUCACUGGUGGUAAUUUUAAACCAGCACAUACAGCUGUCAAUUACGUGCCGUUCGCUCAUCAAGGACCUUUACCUGGUGUAACUGGACAUCAUAGCAAUAACUCUGUGAAGAAUUCAUUCAGUAAAGUCGAUGCUCCUGCCCAGGUAUUCUCCCCUAAUCUGCCAGGCUUUGCACCCGGACACAGCGAGUUCAACUUCCAAGGACCAAGCUUCAGGCCUGAUGCACCAACAUUUACUCCGAACUUUUCCACCUCUAUCACUUCUGUGAGUGAAGAACCUGGUAGUGAAGCCCCAAAAAAUCCCAUCUUUGCUGGUCUUGAUUUGAAUUCCCUCGGCACGACGAAACCUGCGAAGAAGUCAAAAGCGAUUCCCAUUGUUCGGCCUGAUAGUAAUCCAUCGAAGGAGUCUGAAGAACCAAUGGAAGGUAAAGACGGUCGCCCCAUGCAGAAUCCGGGCCACAUCAAGAGAAUGCGUAGGGCAAACGAUGAUGGCGAUUCCGUACCUCUGUUUGCUGGGUCCACUGUGGCUCUUCAAGAAAACACCUCGGAAAAGUCAAGCCGAAAGGAGGCCCAGCUCGCUACUACAGAUGACGACAAGGAAAACUUCGCGCCUUCAAGUGAAGAUGUUGAAAAGUUGCCUACUGCUGUUGAGAACAAAAUGCCAUCGAAUGAUGCGGAUUUCUCCCCAUUCGAGUUCCAACAACAAAAGGAAGCAGAGGAUUUCAAUGCCGCAAUACCGUUCACUGCACAAAAAUUUGAAUCUAAUCUUGAUAGAUAUGGUGUUGAUAUUGCAAAGUCAGAAGAUGACAUGGAAGACGUUGAUGAAACUGCACCCAAACGAGAUCCACACUCGCGGACAGCAUCAAAUGCAAGUGGAAGUCAGCCUGGCCACAGGAAAAUGUCAUCAUCUCUUUCUGCAGCUGCAAAACCUUUAGAAUCUCAAUUAGACGGGAAUUUUGCUUUCACUUUUAGUGGAAGCCAAGCUCCGGUACUUGCCCCAGCUUCUCCUGUUCUCCCAAAGACCAAUGGCUUCGCAGACUCCAGGUAUGCUAACAGUCCAUCGCCAACUCGAGUAUCUGCUACGGAAUCACCCGCCCUGCGACCUCAUGAAGUAAACGAUUUCCAAAAUGCGUUACCAGUGCCUCUGAGUCCGCCAAAAUACGACGAAGACUCUGACUUGGAGGAGGGUGAGAUUCGAGAGGAUAGAGACCCAACAUUUGAGGAGAUUGAUGCUGUUAUGAGGCAUCUUAAUUCAACGGAAAUGUCACCAGCCACAGCCUCCGAUGGAGAUGAUACUCCAAGAUGGCACGAAGCUGGCUCACAAAGACAUAUCCGAAUUCCCUCAAUGUCAUCUCCUAUUCGCCUUCAUCCUAAUCUCCUGCGAAGUGAUGCUCCUAGCCCAAGUCCAGGUCCAAAAAGAUAUCUAGAGGAUAGUCAGUUCGGUGAAAUGUCUCCCGAAAGAGGAUAUUCUUACAUGGGAGCUGAAGAUGAUCCAUUCGCGGAUCCUCAUUCUACAGCUGCAUUUGGAUCACCUAUUCAUCGUCUCAACACUGGCAAUAGUCUACCAGUAAGUGAUUGGGAUGAUGUCCUCAGCGAAGGCGAGGAGAUUAAACUUCAUGAAAGAAUUGGUUUCUUCGAUAAUCGUGUCAAUGACAUCGUCGGUUCGUUGUUGGCCGAUAGAUUGGAUCCGAUCGAGAAGAUCCUGGAAGGAAUUACACAUACUUUACAAUCAAUGUCUUAUCCCGCAAAGACCGCACCGAAUCGUAGAGAACGACGCAGCAUAUCUGGUGCACUCAGUGAUGCUGAUGAUGAAGAUGACGAAGACCCUGGAAGAUCCGCAAGCCCAAGGAGAAACGCAAAAUUGGAGAAAAUCAGAACGGUCGUAUUGGAUGCUCUCAAUACUCAUUCCUCUAGACCUCAAAGUGCCAUCACUCAAACAGCUGCAUCAAUGUUACCUGCCUCGCGUAAUGUCCUUCAAGCUUUGGAUGAAAUGAAGGAGCAUCUAACUCGAUCCACACAACCUGCCUUUAGCGUGGAAGAUCUCAAGAAUGCUGUGGAGCAAGUUGUUGAAAAGAGAAUACCUGCUCCAGUUAAUCAUGAUGAUGUUUCAGCUACUAAAUUAGCGGAGGCUGAAGCAAAGAUAGCUGCUCUUGAACAACAAGCCCACACUAGCCACAAUAGGUUGGCUGAGACGGAAGAAAAUUCCCGACUCAAGAUUUCUGAGCUCGAAGAAAAGCUCCACAGAGCUGAUGAUUGGGUUGAGGAAGAGAUCAAGAAACGCAGAGCUGCUGAAGACUCCAAGGCUAUGACGGAAAGAUUUUUAGCUAGUUCUCUGGAAGAAGAAACUCGGCUGAGACAAAUCGUCGAGGAAAAGGGCUCGAAGGCGGAGAUAGAAAUCGUAACUCGACGAAAGGCCGAAGACCGUCUCGCCGAAGCUCAACGUCUGCUUCGUAUCUCUUCCGAAGAGGAAGAUCGACUUCGCGACGCCUUGUUGGAGAAAGAUGCCAGGAUUCGAGAGAUUGCAGAAGAUCGCGAUUACAAGGUAAGAGGUAUUGAAGAGUUUAAAAGCAAGACUACUAUGCGUAUCGCGCUUCUGGAAACUGCUCAGGAGAACUUUCGUAAAACCGAAGCAGAUCUCACCGCCACAAUUCACAUGGCAGAAUCUGAAUUACGGGAAUCGCGUUCGUUAGCCCAUAGAUGGCAGCUGGAGGCGGAAGGAGCCAUGGAAGCAGCCAAGAGGCACAGUGAGGAUGCGGAACAAGCCAACGAAACCAAUAGAGACCUUAGGAGGACCAUCGAGACUUUGAAGAACCAGAUGGAGGAAAGUAUCCGAGUCCGCGAAUCCAUGAGAUCGAAAUUAAUGGAUUUGCAGGAGGAUAUGGCUACAGCGGCCCAAAGCAUCUCACAAGAAAACUCACAUCACGCCCAGAAGGAACAGGAAUUACUUGCCAGACAAGAAGUCCUCGAUGCUAAACUUCAUGCCGAGGCUAGAACAAGGGAACGACUCGAAAUGGAAAUUGAACGACUAGAGAGCGGCGAGAGACAAGGUGUGAGAGCUGUUAACGAGUGUAAGCGGUUGGAGGCUCUCGUCGUUGAACUACGAAAUGAGAAUCAUGCUGCCCACAAAGAUGUCAUGAGAUACAAGCGCGAAUUCGAGGAAGCUCGCGAAUCUGGCCUAGGCGAGGUUGCACGCACGAGAAAAUAUAUGCAGGUUGAGGUCGACACCGCUAAUCAUGAGGUCAACGUCGUCAGAGAGGAACUUGAGAAUCAAAUCUCCAGACUUCAAGCCGAGAUAGAUCUGGUGAAAUUGGAUGCCGAAACUGCAAAGGAGCAACAUGAUAUGCUUUUAGAAGCUGCGCAAACUUCCAAGAAGGGCAUGUUCGAUGAUAUUACGAGAAAGCAUCAAGAUCAGCUUGAAGAUCUACAAGAACAGCUCAAGCGACAACUUGAAAACACCAUCGUGGAUGCUCAGAGAUCGGAACAGCAUCUCUUGGAGCGAUUAAGUUUGAGUACCGCCAAGACGGAACAUCUUCAAGAUCGUGUGAGCCACUUGGAAGAUAAAUUGGAGGUCGCUAGGUCUGCUGCAAAAGCCGCCGCUACUCAUGCUAAAGCUGCAAGAUCGGCAAGUGUAGCUGGAUCAUUGCCAUCACCGUCACUACCAAAGGCUUCUACCCGUGGAUUGGACGUGCCGGAGAAGAUCUCUCCACAAGCACUUCGUGAAUCUAUCAUGGUUUUACAAGAGCAAUUGCAAGAUCGUGAGUUGAAGAUUGAAGAUCUAGAGCAGAAGCUUGAGGGUGUGGAUCCUGAUGCUUCAACAAAGAUUAGCAAACGUGAUGAUGAGAUCACGUGGCUACGAGAACUUCUUUCGGUGCGCAAGAGUGAUCUCCAAGAUAUUGUUCAAGCCUUAUCAACUGGCACAUAUAACCCAGGGAAUGUUCGUGAUGCGGCUAUCCGAUUAAGUGCCAAUCUGCAAAUGGAAGAGCAAGAACGUGAGAGAGCUAUGAACGGUGGCUCAUCCAUCAACCUUCCAAACAUUGCAGCUUCCAUUGCAGCGAGUCCUAGAGUUGCACAAGUUGCCAAUGCCGUAGGACCGCUUGCUGCUGCUUGGGGGAAUUGGAGAAACAAGAAUCAAUCAAAGGAUGCAACUGCUCUGAUGAGUGGUGGUAAUAGUUUAGCUACCGAAAGCGGUAACUCGACGCCAUCUAAAGCUGGAAGUUCAUCUGGAUUUCUAAGUGGGUUGAUGACACCACCGGCAAGUAGCUCCAGACAAUUCCCUAAUACACCUGGAGCACCUCCGCCAGUACAGAUCAACAGAGAGCCAGCCAGUUUCGCUAGGGAUAAUACAUUGAGUGCUUUUAACGCAACGGGUCAACGAUUUGCGGCUAAACAAGGUGGCCUUAGUUCCAGAACGUCCACACCGAGACGCGCGGACAAAGUCCCGGUCAGAAGAGAAGCAACAUCAACUCCACCAAUUCUGUUAAAGAGUAGCUAUGACAAUGAUGCUGUGGUAACAAAUCAUGAUGAACUAGAUAAUGGGAAUAGGCGCGGGAGCAGACGGGGGAGUGCACUUGCUCAAGCAGGUUUGGGGAUGAGCUUAGGCGAGGAACUGGGAGAUUUUGGAAGUGAAGAAGGCUUUUAUGAUGAUGAUGAAAGUACAAUGGAUGAGAUGGCUGGGAUUUAUAGUGGGGGAUUUGGACGUUGAUUAAAAAAGUUUAUUUUGUCAUUUCUUUUUAAUUUCUAUUGCGGUCUAAGUUUAAGAAUGUUUGAGGGGAGGAGAAAGUGGAUUCAAAGCUUCUUAUAUCAAUAUCGUCCGCAUUCACAGAAUGGGCUCUUUACAUACAUACUUAUCCUUUAAUAUUUCUAGAAUGAUACCCGGACUGCGCGAGGGAGAAGUAGUUGAGCGGAGAAAAUUGGUAGAGGAGAAAGGUUGGAUAUAGUUUCCUUUAUUAAUGUUGAUGGCUAGGAGGAAGGAUUUAAUGAUAGAAAAUGAAUAUUGAGAUUACUUUGCAUUUUUUAAUACCUGGUCAAAGUUGGAAUGAAUGAGCUGAAGUUUGGAU